UACUGCCAUCUGCUGGUUGGUGUAGGAGUUGCAGUUGUUGCUGUCUGAUGCUGUGUGAUCUCACAGUUGUCGCUGUGCAGUGGAGGCGUUUUAUUUUCUGUGUGCAACCAACCGCAAGAAAUGCUUUGGAGGAACCUGAUUAAAACAUGACUGAGUUGUUUCAGGGUGAAUUGUGCCUCCAGAGAUUUACAGCUUCCUCCUGUAUUGAGAAAACGGCAUUUACAAGGAUGUGUUUCUAAUGAUCCGACGUCACAAGACAACCAUCUUCACAGAUGCCAAAGAGUCUACCACAGUCUAUGAACUGAAGCGCAUUGUUGAAGGCAUUUUAAAGAGGCCACCUGAAGAUCAGAGACUUUACAAGGAUGAUGUGAUGCUUAAUGACGGUCAAACUCUUGGAAAUUGUGGCUUUACAAAUCAAACAGCCCGACCUCAGGCCCCAGCCACAGUGGGAUUAGCCUUCCGCCUGAGUGAUGAUUCAUUUGAGCAGCUGAGGGUCGAGCCUUUCUCCACUCCCCCAGAGCUCCCUGACGUCAUGAAACCCCAGGACUCGGGCAGCACAGCCAACGAGCAGGCUGUACAGUGAGGGAGGGGGAAGGGAAACGAGAGGGACGCACAGCGGGUCAGAGGGAGGAUGCACGGGGGGAGGGAGGGGUUAAAAUUUGGGAAGUGAUGCCUCCGUGGGGGAGUUUUACCAUGCCGACGACAGAUCUUCAGCUGGGUACAAACAAUUACAAACAUGGACUCUCCUUGUUGUAAAUGUGAGGGCGGGUGCUUCAGAGUGGUUCAUUUGUCCUAAAAUCGGUGAACGCAUGCUAGAUAAAUUUAAAAUUUCACACAAGACCCUUCAGAGAUACCUGACGGACUUGUCACAACACUGUCAGUCAGCCAUGGGAUUGGUAACGGCUGAACAUGAAAAAUUGUACCUCGUAUUUAAUUAAUUCUAGUCUUUAUUUAGGGUAAGGUUAUUGCUUCCUUACUUGUUUUUUUAUUUUGCUUGGCUUAAACGUGGGAGUCGAUAGGGUAUGACAUUUUUAGGCUUUUAUGUUUGUGUGUUUCUUUAUUAAACUAUUACUAGGAUUUAACAUGUUUUUGGUAUUUGGCCUGGAUAUGUGUUGCGACAAUAGCUAGGAGUUUGUGAAUUUCUAAGUUACUAUCUGUAUUUCAAAAACUUUUGAACAAUAUGAAUCUGAAAUAAAAUAGAUUCACUUGUUGGCAGGAGAUCUGGCAUUAAGAUGAACAUUUCUUGGUACUUGACCUAACAGUAGUUGUAGUUUUCCUACUGUAGCGGCUCACAGAAGUUACUGAGACUGAAUGCGCUCAGUUGUGGGUAUCUACAACACAUGUAACGCUGGCGUGGACCUGGUGUUGAAAGUUAAAUGUCCGACAGGCAGAGCAGCAAUCAAAAAUGUAUUAAUAGUGAUUAUUGAUUAUUUUUUACAUUACUAACAAAGGUGGGGACUAGCCAACUUUCCUCUCCAGUGUUUGAUUGUAGCCAAUGACAUCUUGGAGAUGUUGAUGAGAUCUUGACUUGAAUCAGUGGGGCUAAUUGUUUCUAGUAAACCUAAACCGUAUGUCAUGUAUUAAGUUAUGAACCAUACCUGUGAGUAGUGGGCUGCACAUUUUUUAACGCUCCAUUGUCCAAAAUCACUGCCCAUUUUGGUUGAGUUCAUUCUGCAACUUGUGUUGUAUUAUAUCCUGUUAAUACAUUGUUUUCCUGAAAUUAAAAGGUGAAUUAGAAAUUAACUCCUCUGCACGUCAAACUAAAGUAUAACCCUAGGUCUCAUGAUCUAGAAAUUCAAAAACUUAAACCCUCCAUUAGUUACAACAGGAAAGUAUAUUCUAGACCUGGGGGUGUUGAAUGAAAUAGUUGACAUUAACAUUUGCAAAUUGAGGCUGUUAAAAAUGAUCAAAGUUGCACUUCUAACUGAUUUAACAUUAAAACAACUGUUUUUCA